AUGUAGACUGCUUCUACAAACAUUUGUGAAAGACUGUGCAAUAAGUCCAUCCGUGACAUUUCCUGGCUACUAAAUAUUCACACAGUCAACUGUUAGUGGUGUUAUAACAAAGUGGAAGCAACUGGGAACAACAGAAACUCAGCCAUAAAGUGGUAGGCCACGUAAAAUGACAGAGCGGGGUCAGCACAUGCUGAAUCACACAGUGUGCAGAGUCUCCAACUGUCUGCAGAGUCAAUAUCUAAUGUCCUUCAAACUUUGUGUGGCCUUCAGAUUAGCACAACAACAGUGCGUAGAGAGCUUCAUGGAAUUGGUUUUCAUGGCCGAGCAGCUGCAUCCAAGCCUUACAUCACCAAGUGCAAUGCAAAGCAUCCGAUGCGGUGGUGUAAAGCACGCCGCCACUGGACUCCAG